CCGCCACGCCCUCUCUAUGGUGAGGCGGGGCGGCGCGCUGACGCGACUACUCCUGGGGCGAGUCCCGUGAUGGCCGGCGGUGGGGCAUUCGCCGCGGUCGCCUUGUCGUUUGCUGCUGUCCCGUCGCCGUCCUUCGAGCCCAGCGCUGUGGCCAUGGCCGAGAAAGAGAGCCUGGCGCCUCCCAGGGAAGGAUCAGGAUGGCUGUCAGUAUCCAGUUGGUUGCCUGCAUGGUGUCCUACAUCAGUGGUACAGCUUAAAGAAGCUGAAGAGAAAAUGCUAAAAUGUAUCAGAAGUCCGUAUCAUAAACAAUAUGUCUUCAUAUCCAAUGGAAAUAAAAUAUGGACUCUAACGUUCUCUCAGAACCUUUCCCAUAAAACUCCACUUGUUCUCCUCCAUGGGUUUGGAGGAGGUGUUGGACUUUGGGCUCUGAACUUUGAAGAUCUUUGUGAAAAUAGAACUGUUUAUGCCUUUGAUUUCUUGGGAUUUGGACGCAGUAGUAGACCACAGUUUGAAAUUGAUGCAGAACUAGCGGAGAACCAAUUUGUGGAAUCUAUUGAAGAAUGGCGACAGAAAAUAGGCUUGGACCAAAUGAUUUUACUUGGACAUAACCUGGGUGGAUUUCUGGCAGCUGCUUACUCUCUAAAGUACCCCUCAAGGGUGAAGCAUCUUAUAUUAGUGGAGCCAUGGGGUUUUCCAGAAAGACCCAGCAGUGUUGAACAGGAAAGACCAAUUCCAGUCUGGAUCAAAGCACUUGGAGCAGUUUUGAGUCCUUUUAACCCACUGGCUGGUCUCAGGAUAGCAGGACCUUUCGGACUGAGCCUUGUACAGCGUAUUAGGCCAGAUUUCAAGAGAAAGUAUUCUUCCAUGUUUGAUGAUGACACUGUAACUGAAUAUAUCUAUCACUGUAAUGUGCAGUCUCCGAGUGGUGAAACAGCUUUUAAGAACAUGACUGUGCCAUACGGAUGGGCAAAAAGGCCAAUGCUGCAGCGGAUCGCCUACAUGAACCAAGAUAUUCCUAUCACUGUGAUUUAUGGAGCAAGGUCAUGUAUUGAUGGCAAUUCUGGGACCACCAUCCAGUCUCUACGACCAAACUCAUAUGUGAAAACCAUAGCUAUUCUCGGUGCGGGUCAUUAUGUAUAUGCUGAUCAACCUGAAGAUUUCAACGAGAAAAUAAAAGAGAUUUGCAAUUCUGUGGACUAACCAGCAUCCUUCUCUUUAGAAAAACCAGCUGCAGAUGUAAUCCAAAGCAAUACUUUGUAAAAUACUAGGAAACAGACUUUUUUAAACACACACAUACACAAAACCAGGCUUUGUUUGCACCAUUUCCUUUCAGAAUGUUACUCACACACUUUAAGCCAUCCAGUGCCUUUUGCUGGGGGAGGGAGAUUUUCAAGAUCAACUUUAUAUAGUUCAGUUUGAUAUUGCUCCUUAUAUAUUUAGAGAGGGAUUUGUUUCUCUAAUGUUUUUUUAAACUGGAUAUUUCUCAAACUGAACUUUUUGAAAACUUAGAGGUUUUUCCAGUUAAACUAUAGUUUACAUAUACAACAAAGUCUUUCUGUAUCUAAUUAUAAUGAAAUAUUUUCUUUAUCUACAGUUCAAUGACCCAGUGGUCUUAGACAACUGUAAUAACAUAUGGAGUCAUAUUGUUUAGCUAUUUCAGUUUUCAGGGUUGACACACUGGUCUUUUUAAGAAUUUGAAAAUGUUCCACUGUAUUUCCCUUUGAAUCCCAAAAGUGUGUGUAGAAGAUCUUAACCAGCAUCCUGGUUGUAGAAGGUCUUAAUUCCCUUUAGAAGAUCUUAAUUCCCUUUUUAGGUUAUGAAGUGGGAUUGUCAAAAUAAUCUCAGACCUCUACAGAAAAGGACAAAAGUAGGAACUGGAGGUGGGGUGGGGGUAUUGAAGUUAUGAAUGUCUACCCCAACCCCUCCCUGACUCUGGGUACUGUCUGUUGCAAUAUUUUUGUGUGUUUGCUAGGGGAUGGUCUUUUCAUUAUUUCUGACACUUGCUUAGAAUCCAGCAAUGUUAAAACUCAAACACCUUUUUAGUUGCACAGUCUGUUCAUUUGUAGAUAUUACUACGUGAUCCCUUGCUGGCCUGCACAUUCUGUUUAGAGUGUUUAUCCCUGGGAGGAAAACUGUAUCUAAUAGGCUAUGAUCAACUUAUUUUUCCCCUAAGAAAGUGUAAUAGUGAGCCAGUUUAAGUGGAAACAGGAAAAUAUAUUAUGAUUAACACCCAGAAAUACUAUUAAAAGACACAAUGCAGAUGAAACAGAAGACCAUCUUUACCUCAGGACUUUUAAAUAAAAUACUUGAUUCCGUGCAGUAUUUUUAAUAAGAGCAGUUUAUGCUCUGGUUCUUCAUAAAACUGUAAUUUGACAUGUUCUUAGGCACUUUGUUAUAAUAAAAAACAAACUUUUGUCAAUGAAAAGCAAGUAGAGUAAUUUGCAAACAAAGGUCUGUGCGAUAACUUAUUAGUUAACUUUUGAAUGUUGAAAUAGCUACUGAAUAAUGAUCUUUCUUGAUUAAAAUCUUGAAUCAGUUUGUAGAUA